AUGGCUGCCGAUGGGGAGGAGCAGGCGCAGGGGCUAGAGCAGGAGCAGCGCAUGUCGGUCGACCAAGAAGGGGAACAGGCCGCCACGAGUUCGAGCAGCGACGAUGACUCCGAUUCCGACUCCGGUGAACCGGCAGCCCCGCAGGUCGAAUGGCUGGCGACGGGCCGAGAGAAGCGCUCGACCGCCGGGAACCGCAUGAAGUCGAUGCUCGCCGCAGAAGAACCCGACGACGAUCUUGAGCUCCUGUUUGCCGAGGUCGAAGGGGAGGAUGCCGGCUUCACCGAUGUCGACGACGGCGACUCGGAUGCCGUGAUGGAUUCCUCGUCCGACGACGAGGAUGCGCAGGAGAACGCCGACGAAGACGAGGGAGAGCGCGAGCUCGAGAGGCAGGCCCGCGAGAAGCGGCAGGCGGCGCGGAAGCGCAAAGCCCAAGAGGCCAUACCCGUCAAGUUCCGCAAGAAGGUCAAGAUCAGCACCCGGACCGCCGCCCCCGCCACCGCCACCGACUCGUCCGCGUCGACGCCCGCACCCAGGCCCAAGAAGAAGUCGGAGCGCGCGAGCUGGCUGCCCACCCAGGCAGACAUGCCCACGAGGGCCUCGAAGCGAGAGACCACCAUGCUCAGCAAGGAGCAACUCCACCAGCAGAUGGUGGAGCGCGAGGCCAAGCGCCUCAAGCAGAUCGAGGCCAUGGAGCGCAAGGCGAAGCGCAUGGAGGCCAUGAGGAAGCCGCCCAAGACGCAGGCCGAACGCCUGGCCGAGGCGGCCAUCAUCGAGAAGAGGAACGCGAAGAGCCUGAACCGCUGGGAGGAGGCCGAGAAGCAGCGCGAGGAGGAACGCCGGGCCAAGCUGGCCGCGCUGAACAACAGGCAACUGAGCGGGCCGGUCGUGACGUUCUGGAGCGGCGUGGGCGAGUGGGUCGACGGCAAGCUGAAGCACCUCGGGAAGACCGUCAUCAUCGAGGAGAAGCCCAUCAAGAAGCGUGUUUCCAUGGCCGGCCCCGGCAAGUCCUCGGAUACGCCCGCCAAGGAGGACGCUGUCAAGGAGGAGCAGGCAAAGGAUGCAGGUUCUACGACAACCCAAGCCCCCAAGCCAGCAGACAACGACAAAGCUGCAGUUCCGUCCGAGACAGCCGAUAAGCAGACGCCGGACAAUCCUAAGACGGCAGACGUCCCCAGUGAGCCCUCAGAUCAGCCUGCGGCUAGACCGGAAGCUGCUUCUACGGCCGAGGCUGUGAACGCGCCGGCCGAGUCACAGACUCCAGAACAAAAAGAUCCGAAGCCAAAGGCUCCAGAGUCGGAGGCUGCAGGAUCAGAGGCCCCAGAGCCAAAAGCUCCAGAAGCAAACGCUCCAGAGGCAAACACCCCAGAGUCGAAAGCUCCAGAACCAGAAGCUCCAGAACCAAAAGCUGCUGCUUCGGUUCCUGAACCUCCGGAGGAACGGCCGGCGGAGACGAAGGUGAUGGAGAAGACACCUGCGGAGACGAAACUUCCAGAGACAAGGCCGCCAGAGCCCAAACCUCAAGCGUCAAAACCGUCUGAGAUGAAAGCCCCCGACUUGCAGCCUCCAAGCACAAGCCCCUACACGACGAGCAUGUUUGCACCGCCGCCGCAGCCACAGAGCUCACCGAUCAUGAAACCUCCAGAUAUGAGCCGGCCGCCGAACAGCUUUCUGGCACCACCUCCUGGGGCUACGAAGAACGGGCUCUCGAUGCCUAUGCUUGCCUACGGCUCGCCAGUCAAUGCCCCCUCUCAUGGCUUGGCACCUCCCAAUACAGCACAGAGACAGUCGCCAUUGUCUAUGCCGCAGGCAGCUGCUCGACCUCCUCCACUAUCAGCACCUCCACCACCACCUACACCUGCAGCAUCACAUACAGCACCCGUGCAUACUACACCAUCCCAAUCUACACCACAUGCUCCACCCUCGCACACUGCGCCAUCCCGUACGACGCCAACACCCACACCCUCACCAAUGCCCCGUACAGCAUCUGCUACAAAGCCCGCAGGGCAGCCGCCGGCAAAGCCUCUCAGUAGCCUCAAGCCAUCGCAUACGAAUGCGGCUAAGAAACAGCAAAGUGUACCGGAUUUACCACCUUCGCCCCGCCCACCACCACCGCCUAAUGGCAAAGCCACCUGCAACUCUUUCAUCCUGCAGAACUUUGAUGAGAAUGCCAUCGAGCAGAAAAGCGUACAGCAGCGCAUUCUGUUUGGCAAAGAGACGGGCAAGCUCGCAAAGCAAGCACCGGCGCCAAGGUGUAUCAUCACGAACAAGGUGGCAAGGUACAAGGAUCCCAAGACGGGCCUUCCGUAUUACGACUCGAGAGCAUACAAGGAAAUCCAGAAACUGCAGCGGGGCGACUACAAAUGGAGCCGAUUGGUGGGUGCUUGGGUUGGUACGGGAGCAUCCGCCGCCCAAGGAGUCCCGGCUCGGUUUCUCGACCCCAACGCACCCGCGCCUCCGAAGCCGGUUCCCGUCAAGCAGGAGCCGGCCAGCACCCCUAAUCAAGGAGCGCCAGCCGGCGUGACGGCGUCAACACCCAGUAAAGGGGUUGAAAACGGACAGUCGGCCAAGCCCGCGACCCCUGCAUCGAGCGCCACUUCCACGGUCACGCCAGGGGCUACGGCACCUACUCCAGAUGUAGCGGCAGCGACCGCCAAGGCCACCACUCCUUCGUCGAAUCCGCCGGCUAGUCUUGAUCAGAAGGCUCCAGAGCCCGCCCCAUCUGCUGCGGCAGCAGAAACGGCGCCUGUGCCGGCUGCGCAGCCUGCUCCAACAGCGGCAUAG